UAUUGUUUUUGGUGUCUCCAAAUUCCAAAAGAAAAAAAAAUGGAAAACACGGAGGAGGAGCAGGAGCUUUCAGGGGAAAAAGGGGUGUUUUUUUUGGUGAAGACGGCAUGAUAGAGAGUUCAGAGGAACGCUUAUCUUCGAUCAUCUUCUGGAAGCCAUGCCUUCUUUCGUGGUUCUUCCAAGUGGGAAAAUGCUCUUCACCAAGCAUUUGAUGAAAAAGGUGAAGAAUCUGCCACUUGGCCCCCAUUGAAAUCACAGACCAACCCAAUCUCUAAACCAUUCAUCCCGAAGAUUAUGUCAAGGAUCACGAUUUGAGGGAUGGACAGCAACCCCAUGUUUUCCAACAUCCAGAGAAGAAAAAAGGUUGAUGGAGAAGAUGUCGAUUCGGAGAAAGUUGAUGGGUUUUGGAAGAUUAUCCAAGCUGAUAUACCUGUGAAGGAAGAUGGUCAGAUUAUUGGGUACAAAAAAAGACUGGAAUUCUCUGGAAAUCAGAGAAGUGAAACUCAGUGGAGGAUGAAUGAAUACAGACUCAACCAAAAUGAUGAAGAAAGCAACAUUACUGAGGUGGAUAUGUGGGUCGUAUGCAGGAUAUACAUGUGCAGAUCGAAGGGUGAUGAAGAAGCUUGGGAUGAAGAUUGGUACUUCUCAUCAGAUGAUGAAGAGAUAAAACUCAGUUAAAGGAUUAGGCAGUACUAGUAGAGAUGAAACUCAGUUAAAGAUUAGUCAGUAGUAGUAGACUAGUAGUAAAUAAACUCAAUUAAAGAUUUGGCUGUUGUAGUAGUGGUAAAUAUUUUGCUUUAGCAAUACAUAUGCAUGCAUACUCUCAAAUUUUAUAUUGGAUUUUGCAUGUAUAUGCAUAUUACCUAAUUUGUAAAAUUUUUUUCACCCCCAUUUCAGUUUUUUAUAUGUUUCGAAAUACCCUUUUUGGUGUAGGAGUUGUUAGUUUAUUGUUCAUUAUGGUACUUAAUGCUAAACACGUUUUUUGGGUUGUUUUAA